AUGCACGUUAAAGGACGAAACCGAGCGGACGAGCAUCGUGGAUCAAGUACGAACGUCCGCCGAUUGGUUGGGGAGAAGCACAAGACUUUUGUCGCUGACGGCGAAGCGACGACAUUCGAGGUCGACAACACGGUGGCGGUGGCGUACACGGCCCUUGAGUUUAUUUACAUUUUAUAUCCAGUCAAAAAUUCGAAAAAUCACAAUAAAGGUAAAGGACGACACCGAGCGGACGAGCAUCGUGGAUCACUUACGGACGUCCGCCGACAGGAUAGGGUGAGGGAGGAGGCACGAGACCUUUGUCGAUGCGACACUCGAGCGCGAAAACACGGCGGCGGCGUGCGCGUACAAUAUACAGUACCUCCGCAGCCGACACGGAUAUCGUGUUACGCGACAAAGGGCGCGCGCGUUCGCCUCACGUAA